AUGUUGCUCACACAUGUUUCGUUGUCCUGCGAGUGCCUUCCAAACUCGUCGCAGCUGUUGUGGUGGAAAAGCAGCACUGCAACUAGUCAAGUUCGAGAUGGCCUCGACUGUGAGGAAGUACUCGACAACGGCCGCAGCUGUGGCUUGCACUGCACCGUUGGUCUCGCCUUCGUCCCGCCGAGUUCAACGGGCACUCCGACUCCCGCCUUGGCCGCUCGCAGCACAGCCCCGGAGGCGGGCACGAAGACGGGCCUCUCCGAUGCUGCAGCCCCACUGGCACUUGGUGCUGCUGCAGCCGCCACGGCUGUGUACCGAAGGCGCCAGAAGACUGUCACGCGCGCCAGCCCGGCAGAAUCCAUGCAGCGCGCGCCGCUGCUCGGUGGCCUGGAGGUUGCGAUUCAAAGUAAGCUCGAGGAGCGCCUGCAGAGGCAUGGCAGCAUCACGUCCGAAAUGCAGCGCAGCAACGACAUUUUCAAGAAGCAGCUCGAGGAGGAGCUGAGCUCCCACAUGCGCAUGAAGGACCAGCUGAAGUCACGGAUCCGUGCCCUGCAGAGCAUCUACGACGAUGCCAACGACAAGCUCGAGUUUGCUCAAACCGUGUCGCAACAAUCGCAGGACAAUUGCCACGAGCUGCAGGAAGAAGUGACUGCGCUUGAGCGCAACUUGAGGGAAGUGGAGAAGAAGAAUGCUGCCAAGAUUUCGCAGCUCCAAGGCGAACAAAAGGAGAAGGAGGUGAAACUGGACCAGCUCACCAUGGCGACGUCUCGCCUACAGCAAAGUGUUAGGGAGCUGGAAGAGACUCGCCAGGUGGAGAAAAGAGACGCCACAAACAAGGAGCAAGACCUUCGCAAUGUGCUGCAGACGAAGCAGACUGCGCUUCAAUCAGCAUUGCAGUUCAGCGGAGAGGUGCAGGCUGAGCUUCGCACUUGCAAAGAACAGAUCCUCGCGCUGACUCAGAAGGUGCAAGCUGCGGAGAAUUUGCUCCGUGCGCAGAACAACAAGAACCAGGAGCUGUCGAGUCGCUUGCAGAUCGCGCAAGCUGAUUCGCAACGCUUGUCGACGGAGCAGAAGCGGCUGCAGCAGGAGAAGGCAGCAGCCUUGGUUCGGGAGCAGCGCAUUCAGGAAACUUUGAAGAAGACCGACACCAGGCAGCAGGCUCUGGAACAGAUCAUUCCUUUGAUGGAAGCAGAUGAGAAGAAUCUGAAGGAGCGGAUCACCCUGCUCGAGGACCAGGCUCAGAACGAGAAAGUCCUUUCGUAUCGGCUGCAAGAGUGUGAGGACGACAACGUCAGGCUAGCAGCAGACAUACAGCGGAUGCAGGCCUACUUCCAGGAGAAGGAAAAGGAAAAGGUGGAGUUGGGCAAAUAUCUCGCAACCUUUCAGGAGCGCGCCCGUGAGGCUGCAGCUCAGGCACAGGCCUUGGGCGCCAAGGCAGAGGAGUCGGUGCGUGCAGGGGAGGCGCAGAGAACUGCGAUGGAGGCAGAGAUCCAGAAGGCCCGAAACGCCGAGGCGCAGGCACAGCGAGAAGCAGCUUUUGCGAAGCAGCUCGUUGAGGAGGCAAAGCUGGAAGAGUUGAAGGCGGUGCAGCUGGCACAGAGCGCUAGCUCGGAGCAGGCCGCCAUGCUGCUUGCUGAAGCAUCGGCGGCACAGGAACGUGUACGCCAAGCUCUGCAGACGGAGGCUAAGGCGGCUAAGGAUGCCGAAGCGGCCAAGCAAGCUGUUGCCAAGCUCCAGGGGCAAGCCUCGAAGGUGCUGCAAGUGCAGAAAGCAGCUUAA